UUGAAUCGCUAGUUUAGCCGUUAGAGAGGAAGUUGGUCAGGUCGGUUGCUACAGGCUGGCUAACUUGUAAAAAAGUAAACAAGUCUGUUGGCUGAGUUGAAAAUAAACACCGUAACCUUUCAACUAUGAAGGAAGACAAAGAAAACACUCGACCGAAAGACAAAAGAGUGGAAAUAAAAUGUGAAGAUGGAGAGAAGACGGAGAAGUGUAAGGAGAAGAAAGAGGCCAUGACAAAGAUUGUGAUCAGAAGAUUACCUCCAAGUCUGAGUAAAGAGGAGCUGGAGGAGCAGCUGCAACCUCUUCCAGAAGUGGACUACAUGGAGUUUUUCUCCAACGACACCAGCCUUUUCCCACAUCUCUUCGCAAGGGCUUACAUCAGUUUCAAAAAUCAGGAGGACAUCGUUCUCUUCAGGGAUCGAUUUGAUGGAUAUGUGUUCAUAGAUAACAGAGGACAGGAGUAUCCUGCCAUUGUGGAGUUCGCACCUUUCCAGAAAACCGCCAAGAAAAGAAAUAAGAAGAAGGACUCAAAAUGUGGAACAAUUGCUGAAGAUCCUGAUUAUAAAAGGUUUCUUGAAUAUUACAACGGAGAUGGAGAGAAGCUGACAUCCACACCGGAGACUCUGCUCGAGGAGAUUGAGGCAAGAUCGAAGGAGCUUGAAGCCAAAAGAACAACUCCUCUUCUGGACUUCCUGAAGAAUAAACAGAGACUGAGGGAGGAGAAGAAGGAGGAGAGGAGGAGGAGAGAGCUUGAGCGGAAGCGUCUGCGUGACGAAGAGCGCCGCAAAUGGAGGGAGGAGGAGCGGAGGAAGAGAAAAGAGGCGGAGAAGAUGAAGAGACUGGAGAAGCCUUUGGAGAACAAAGACAAGGACCAGACUAAAGAUGAACCAAAAAUUAAGCUCCUGAAGAAGCCAGACAAAAGCGAUGACGGCGAUUCUGAGAAACCCAAAGAGAAAUUCAAGAAACCAGAGAAGCCGCACAGAGAGGACAGAGCGUCAGGCGGCGCCGACCACAGGAGGAGGCCGAACUUUGAAAAUAAGGAGGAGCGAGAAAGAAAAGGGAACGAAGACGGGCGGAAGGAGUUCAGGGAGCGCGACUUGGACCGUGAGAAGGAGAGGGAACGACGGCUGAGGGAGAAGGAGCGCAUCCGACGGCAGGACGAGGAGCGGCGGAGACGGCGGGAGCAGCAGGACGGAGAGAACACGUCCAGAAAACGAGAGGAGGAGAGCAGAAAGGAGAAGGCGAUGGAGAAGAGGAGGAGCGAGAACUCUGCAGACGCCGAUAAGAUGGAGAAACCGGCCAGAGAGAACAAGAAGGAGGAGAGCAGUAAAAGAGAGAGAGUUCGUAAUAAGGACCGGCCUGCCAUUCAGCUGUACCAGCCGGGGGCCCGGAACCGCAACCGCACCACCAGAGGCGGCGCCGACUCUGGCUCCGCCGACAGGAAACCCGACUCCGACAACAAGAAGGGGGCCGACAGAGGGGAGGACUGAGCGGGUUUCUGGUUCUGGGGCUUUUUAAGUUUGGUGAAAAGGCCUGCGAGGCUCAGCGUGACCCCGCAGCGCUAACACGCAGCGCUAACACGCAGCGCUAACACGGCGAGGGGGGCUGCAGCGGCUCCAGUCCCAGUGGAGGCGGGGAUUUGAGCCUCUCAGAGCCUCGUUGAGACCCUGUUUGGUUUUUUUUUCGUUAUGAGAGGCAGUGGUUUGUAAGAGUGCAGCUGCAGGGCGCAGAGGGUAACGCCGAAGCUUCCCUGGGACCAUGAGAUCUCACAGUGACGUUACGUCGUUAAUGUUCCUGAGGGAAAAGGUUUCACCGCAAACAUCUGUUAGCUCGUUCAUUUAGAUCAGAAUGUGGAAAAAUAAUCUCUUCUGUCAGCGCUAGGCUUUAGAUCUUUCACACGCUGUACCCCACUCUACGCAGAGACAGAAAAUCCACUGAUGUGCAGAAACUACAGUGGUUCCCAGAAGUCCACACACCCAGAGAGAAAUUACAGGUUGUUAUGACAAAUAUUAUUAUAUUUUUAACUUUAACGUGACAUAUUUCCUGCACAAUGCAACAGCAGUCAUAGUAAUCUAGUUUAUGCAACAUAAAAAAGCUCCAAUAACCAUUAAAGCUGCAGUAUGUAGCAUUUAUAAACUUUUUUUUUUAGACGUUUGUUGAAACUGUCACCAUGUCGUAAUGGUUUGGUGUGCUAAAGAUCAUUUAUGAAAUUUGAGCUCUUUUGCCUUCUCCCAGUACUAACUAGAAACAACCAAUCAGAGCCAAGAGGCGGGUCUUAGCGCUGUCAAUCAGUCAUGAAUGCUAAGGCUAGUUAGCAUGGCCACCUGUAAUGGUGGAUAAACAGUUUUCCUGUAACGGUAAGUCGUUUCUCUGCCAUUAUCACAUUUAGUAGCGUGUACCUGAGGUUGACUGACAGCACCAAGACCCUCCUCCUGGCUCUGAUUGGUUGAAUUUUGUCAGGACUGUUGCAUUUCUUCAGAUGGCAGUAGUGGUUCAGAGAGGAGGUGAAGGAAAUCAAUCUUUUCACAGAUUAUCUGUCUCAUGACAAACUGUCACAACAUGCUGACAGUUUUAACAAAUAUAUAUAUAUAUAAAAAAUAUUUUUUACAAAAGUUACACACUGCAGCUGUUGAAACAUCUGAUUUAUUUUCAGCCUUCCUUUUAUUUUUUUUUUAUAGAGUUUGUCCUCCUUCCACAUCUUGACUUGGCAAUAUUUGCGUACUCUACCUUCGGAUGACCAUAAAGAUGUCAGUUUUAAUUCUGGCCUUUAUUUAGGCCGUUCCAAAGCUUAACUUUUCACACCCUGAAGCAUUUUUUGUUCAUUUGGACGGAUGUCUUGACUGUAAUGGUAAAAAAAAAUCUCUUUUCAGCUGUGGAGCUGAUAUUUAAAGGUUUUGUGCCAGAAUUGACUGCAGUUUGGGUCUGUUUAUAAUUUAAUCUGCUUUAGCAAAACUCUAAUCCCACAUCCUGAUGCAGCCACCACCAUGUUUUGCCGUAGGUAUGGUGUUCCUUUUGGUGAUGUACUGAGUUGCCAAAUAGACACUUUUAGAUCAUGGCAUUUUUCCUGAAGGUUUUGGGAGGCUGAACAUUUUUCAGGUAAAUCAGAUUUACUGUAAUUGUUGUCAGAUGAAGAAUCUUUUCAACAUAGUUUUAGUUUAUCCUCAGGUUUUUCUUUUGAAUUGUACAAGAUAUAUGUCACAUUAAGGAUGAAAAAAGUUUUGAAAAGGUUUAUUCUGGCCUGUGUUGCAACAUGGAUGUGUGAACAUUUUGGACACACUGUGGUUUAUGGUUUGUACUAAAUAAUAUAACCUACUAUUUUGCUUUGGGAUUUUUAUGCAACUGAUGGCGGAGAAAGCCAUUUCUGACCAUACUGCCAUGUGACAUCUAUGCUUGCAUGAAGACUUCUUAGUCAGAGGGAUCAACAUGUGACCUUCCCCCACUUUUCUAACUCAGAAUCAACUUAAACAUUCAUUUUUGUGAACUGAGUAAAACAUCGGAACAAAUAUUUGCUGGUAAUACUAAUAAAAUUACAGAAUCUCUGCCUAGAAAUAAAAAUACUUGUUGAA